AUGCCGGACAAAGUGACUGGGGCCCAGGGCACAGCUCCUGUCAAGGUUUCUUCAUUUUUCAUCGAGAACCUGCUGCGGAGUAACGGCAAAGGGAAGCAGGAAGACAGCAAGGAGGAGACAUCGCAGAGGGCUGCUACCAGAGCCGGCUUUUACCAUCAUGGGACUGCGGGGAACCAUUGCGGGCAGUUCUGCUGUCAGCUCUGCAGCCUGGCUCUAUGUACACACAACUCUCCGCUCAGGGAAAGCAUGCUGCAGUGGUAUACGCAAACACAGCCCAGAUGUGCGGGAUGUGCCAGUCCAAACAGUCCGAAACGAGAAAGUCCUAGUUCCGAGGAAGAGCAAUGUUUUUUCCUCCCGGCCAGUGACCUAGACUCCCCGCCAGUUUCGGACAAAGGGGACAGCCGCAAGGACAUCUGCAGCCAAGAGGAAGGCGAGCUACUGGACGUGAAGAGGUCAGAGGCAGACAGCAACCCGGCUGCCAAAAGCCAGACGGACUCUGACCAGAAAUCCAGCCGCAAAAAGAAAACGCGCACCGUUUUUAGCAGGAGUCAGGUUUUCCAGCUGGAGUCCACGUUUGACAUGAAGCGCUACCUGAGCAGCUCCGAGAGAGCGGGUCUGGCCGCUUCCCUUCACCUGACCGAGACUCAGGUCAAAAUCUGGUUUCAAAAUCGGAGAAACAAAUGGAAAAGGCAGUUGGCCGCAGACCUGGAAGCGGUUAACCUUUCUCAGAGUGCACAGAGGAUUGUCAGAGUCCCCAUUUUGUAUCACGAAAGCACAUCACCCGGCGCCUUAAGUUUCAGCCUGCCGCAAGUAUCCCCUCCUCUGGUCAGCUUCUCAGGCUCUGCAAACUAUCCUCUUACAUCAUUCCCUUCUUCCAUGCCUUUCCUAAGGUCACAAAUGAGUGGGCUUGUCUAG